AUGACAACUGAACAUGUCGUCGACCUGUGCCAGUCUGCACCGACCAUUGCUGAAGAGCUCGCAAAAGACCCGAGCAGAGCUGCGAGCGAUGUCAUAAAGGGUUUAAGAAAGGAAUGGAAGGAUAAACGUGGCAAGAAUGGGAGCAAGUCUGGGGAGAGGAAAGAGCAGGAUAGAUUAGAUAGGGCUGCUUCGUGCGGAAAGUUUCCUAACAGACCAUCUGACUUAUUCCUUGAAGUAUAUGCUGACGUUCUCGACUCCAUCUCUAAUGACCCUUUUGCCAACCUCGUCUCACCCUCACUCAUCGGCUCCUCAGGAGUCAUCCCACUCUCCAUCAUAUCCGUCAUACCAGACAUAAUGCGUCAUUACGCAGAUCUCAUAGCUCGUGCCCAUCACGAGGUGUUUCUCGCGACGAACUACUGGGAAGACUCUCACUCCGCUAGCCUCGUAUCUGAUGCACUUCGUGCAUUGUCAAAGAGGUGCAUUGAGGAAGGGAGGAAGGACGAGCAGAAAGUAGUAGUGAAGUUGGUGUACGACCGUGGAACGCCAGAACAGCUCUUUCAGAACCACGCUGCUGUGCCAACCAAUAAAUGGGAGAGCGUCGGUCUCCCGCGUGUCGAAGACCUUAGCGGUCUACGAAUGGAAGUGCUGAAUUACCACCGUCCACCGCUCGGGACGUUCCAUGCGAAAUAUAUCGUGGUUGAUCGGAAAGUUGCUUGCGUGAAUAGCAAUAAUAUUCAGGACCGGCCGAACGUUGAGAUGUGUGUACAUUUCGAGGGCCCGAUUGUUGAGAGCUUUUACGAUGCGGGGUUGUUUUCUUGGGCCAAUAAGAUGGAACCAUCAUUGCCGCUUCUCGCACACCCACCACCUCAGAGGGAUGAUUAUAAGUUCGGAGAGGAGAACGAACACUUGAAGUACAUUGAUACGCAGUAUGCGGGAGUAGCUGCGCGUGCGCUCCUCGCGAAGCAAUACGAACGCGAGGCACAAGAAGUCGAAGGUCCAGGCAAAGAUAAGCGGGGCGCUACCCAACGCGCAGACGGAUCAAUCGUCGGACAUGUCGUGCGCGCUGCCGCCGGAAUUCACGGUGGUGAUACGGGUGUGCAUGGUAAAGACGAGCUAGUGGCGGAGCAUCCGGCAAUGAACUUCCCGGAUGGUUCGAGCGCAAAUAACAAUGACGCAUCCGAAGCAGAUGAAGAUUUGGAGAAGAGACAGGAUAGGGAAAGGAACAUCGAAGACGGUGAUAAGGAUACCAGAGAAAGCGACAAGCAGGAACCGGACCUAGAGGAACGGCAAGCCAGACCGAUGGCCACUUCGAACACACAAGGAACAACCAACGAUGUAUCUAACCAGUCGACUCUCGACCGUGUUACUGAUGGUCCUGAGAUUCUCAAAUCAGAAGAAACUAGCUCCAGUACAAGUUCGAGACGUGUAGAAGCCAUCACGAAACACCUUAACGCUGCGACUCUCCAUGAACAGGGUACGGCAGAUGAUGACGAGAGUAUGGACGAGUUUCGACCUCAUGUUAUGCAUGCCUCACACAGACCUGUCCCAAUGGCAAUGGUGAACCGUGCACCGAAAGGGACACCUGGCCACGAAAGCGUGGACGAGAUACCACAGAACGUGGCAUGGAUCAGUUUGUUCAAGCACGCGAAAGAGUCAAUUUUCAUCCAAUCACCAACGUUCAACGCCGCCCCGGUCAUCCCGGCCACUCUCGAUGCUUGUCGGCGAGGCGUACAAGUUACGUUGUACCUGGACCUUGGUUUCAAUGACCUUGGUGAGAUGAUACCAUUCCAGGGAGGGACAAACGAGCAAGUCGUGCAUAGCAUGUACAACACGCUCAAUAAGGAGGGCAAACAGGAGAACUUGAAAGUUUACUGGUACACAGCAAAGGACCAGAAAGAACCAAUGAGCGCAACAAGGAAGUCGAGAAAUUGCCACGGUAAGACCGUCGUCCUUCCGUCGUUUCCACAUAGUAACAAAUUGCAUUUUGUCUUGGAAGUUAAAUUUAUGUCCGUCGAUUCGCAAGUUGUGAUGCUUGGAAACGGGAAUCAAGACACGCAAUCAUGGUUCCACAGCCAGGAAAUCAACGUUCUGAUCGAUUCUGCGGAACUCGCUCGUGAAUGGAUUAUAGCGCUCAAUGCGAAUCAGAAUACAGAGAAAUUUGGGUUGGUGGAUGCAAAAGACGGGGUUUGGCGAGCUGCAGAUGGGUCGGGGAGGGUCGUAGAGUCGAGCGGAGUUAAACAGAGCGGGCCCUUUGGUGGGCUGAAGGGCAUUGCUGGCGCUAUUAGGAGGGUGAGGGGUACGGGCGGGUUUUAAAUGAGUAUGGUAUGGGCUACUUUGAUGGACAAAAAAAUACGUCUUGAUACCCGAAGAGGAUUUUAUCGUAGAUUCAACCUUGUAAACUAAAGAGUCGUUCCUUCGUCAACGUGCAAGAACUUAACAAUGUCUGUUCGAGAUCCAAGAUAAGGUUUAUUUGCGAUAAAGGUCUAAGCCUCGCUGGAAUCCACCGUUUCCAGGAUUUUUGAGGUGCUCAACAGAGCGGAAUCCAAUCUUCAUUAGCACCCCUUCGAAGUCAGAUGGACGAAGCCGGAGUAAUUCCGCAUUCUUUCUGAGUUUAGGAUCCAUUCGCUUUGCCUUAUGGUAUGAUUCCCAUUCUUGGGGUUCCAGUAUGAAGGAACCCCCAGUUCUCAGGACAGAAAACGCCCUUUGGAAAAAUGCGAGUAUGCCAUCAUCUCCGCCGUUGAGAUGGAUCCAUUUCGAGAUUGAUAAUGCUAGGACGGCGUCGUACCCAUCUCGGUCUUCAACCGCUCCAUCCUUAGGCCAAUCAGUGCAUCGGAAGACUACAUUGU